AUGAGUGAACGCAAAGUUCUACAGAAGUACUACCCUCCCGACUUCGAUCCUUCGGCUCUCACACGCCGUCGCGGAAACAAGGACGCUGGACCCAAGACACAAAAAGUUCGAAUCAUGGCUCCAUAUGCUAUGAGAUGUACCUCAUGUGGAACGUUCAUAUAUCGCGGCCGCAAGUUUAAUAGCACUAAGGAGAUAAGACCAGAGGAGAAGUACCUCAAUAUUCAGCUGAUUAGGCUUUCUUUUCGUUGCACAGGAUGUCCGAGUGAAAUAAUCCUGAGGACCGACCCCAAGAACAAUGACUACAUUUUACUUCGUGGGGCUGUACGAAACAACGAGCCAUGGCGCAAUCGGGAGACUGAGAACGAAGACGACGAGCAACGACUUAACCGACUGGAACGUGAGGAAGCAGAAGCUGCGGGCGAAGAAGAAAAGAACGCCAUGGAGGAACUCGAAGCCAAAAACAUGGAUGCGCAGAGAGAAAUGGCCGCCGCUGAUGCGCUAGACGAGAUCCGACACCGAAACGCACGAAUCAACCGUUCCGAGAAAGAAGGAGUCGAUUUUGCGGACACUAUAGUACGAACAGAAGAUGAGGAAAGGGAGAAGCAGGAAAAGGAAGAUGAAGAGGCUGCCAAGAAGGCUUUCGCUGCUGCACGAGCGCGAAUGGAGAUGGAGGUUAUAGUUGAGGAUGACACGCCUGUCGAGCUAGCUGAGCCAGAACCCAUAGCGCCAGCUCCAGCUCCCAGUUUUAAGAGGGUUAUCAAAAAGAAAAAGGAUCAUUCAGCAGCUUUGGGAUUGAAGAAGAAGGUAUAA